UGAACUCUGUUGCUUUUCCUGCUCGCUACCACAUGGCAUGUCUGCCGCACGUUUACUCCGAAGAAUGUUAUUAACUAGCACGCUUUGCGUCCUGUUUUAAAUUGAUGUUUGUUGACUACAUACAUAUAAGUUCUAAUAAUGUCGCAGUUACAAGCUAGGUUUUACACAGAAAACCCAAGGUACAUAAUAGAUGAUGUUCCAUUCUCCAUCCCAGCCACUUCAGAAGUCCAUGAUCUCAGCAAUGUCAUCAACAAGCUACUACAGGCCAAGAAUGGAUCUCAUAGCAAGGUGGACUUUGACUUCCUGGUCAGGGGCCAAUUCCUUCGAACGUCACUUCUCAAUCACAUGGAAACGGAAGGAAUAUCAACGGAAGAUGUUGUGGAGAUUGAAUAUGUGGAGCGGAUCACGGCGCCACAACCCGAGGAGUGUAUGAUGCACGAUGACUGGAUUAGUUCUGUAGAUGCAGAUGCUGAGUGGAUCCUGACUGGAUCUUAUGACAAGACUGCCAGUAUCUGGUCCUUGGAGGGCAAGACUAUGACUAAAGUGGUCGGACACACUGAUGUCGUCAAAGAUGUCGCCUGGGUUAAGAAGGAUGGCCUGACUUGUCUGCUUCUGACUGCCUCGCUUGACCAAACCAUCCUCUUGUGGGAAUGGAACUCUGAGAAGAACUACAUAGUGGCCAGGCACUGCUGCCGGGGACACACGGGGAGCGUUGACACGGUCGCCGCGGACCCCACUGGUUCAAAGUUCUGCAGCGGCUCCUGGGACAAAAUGUUGAAGAUAUGGUCAGCAGUUCCCUCUGAUGAAGCAGAUGAGGUCGAGGAGCCCUCGGACAGGCCACGGAAGAAACAGAAGACCCAGCAGAUGGGCCUUACUCGGACGCCUCUUAUGACGUUAUCUGGGCACAGCGAGGCUAUUUCUUCAGUGUUGUGGUGUGACAGCGAGGAGAUUUGCAGCUCAUCCUGGGACCACACCAUUCGUUUCUGGGAUGUGGAGACGGGAGAGAUGAAAACAACCCUGACGGGCACUAAAGUGUUCAACAGCAUUUCCUACUCUCCUUUGUGUCGUCGGCUGGCAUCCGGCAGCACAGACAGACACAUCAGGCUGUGGGACCCACGCACCAAAGAUGGCUCACUGGUGUUGCUGUCGCUGACCUCCCACACUGGCUGGGUCACCGCUGUCAAGUGGUCCCCGUCACACGAGCACCAGUUGGUUUCCGGAUCGCUGGACAACCUGGUCAAACUGUGGGACACCAGAAGCUGCAAAGCUCCUCUGUAUGACUUGGCAGCCCAUAAAGAUAAAGUGUUCUGUGUCGACUGGACAGAAAAUGGGCUGAUGUUAAGUGGCGGAGCCGAUAAUAAAUUGUACACCUAUCAAUACCCAGCUUAUCCGACGGACAUGGGAGCAUAGUCACAUCAGAGAUCCUCUGUCAAUGGAAUCAUGCGAUCUGCACGAAAAUCUUUUGUGACUCGUUUCUUUUUUUUUUUUUUUUUUUACACAUUUCCAGUGGGGUUGUUGCCAUGUAAUUUCCCUAACAGGUAUAAAUGUAUUUAGUCUCCCAA